AUGGAGCCAUUAGAUCCCUAUGAUAAUCCCAUAAAAUGUAUUUUUGUUUGUCACUUUCAUCACACCGCUGGACCGAAAAUUUUGUGUCAGGUGCCAAAAGAUUUUAUGAGCAAGGAUACAUUUGAGACAGUCAGUGUAUACAUGAUACCAAAAGGACAACUUCAAAAAUUUAUAAUUACUAUAACAACAAGGGACAACAAAAUUUUGGGUUAUCCAAUACAAAUUAAUGACCAAAAAUAUCUUCGUAAUGCAUACUAUUUUAAUUUGUGCUUUGUUUGUGAUCAUAAUUCCCAUACAUUACAUUAUGAACCUAUUGUAAAAAAAUUAUCUUCUUUUUUGUUAAACUUAGAAAUAGAAGAUAAUUUUCUUUCUAAAAGUGACCAAUCGGAAAAGACUCAAGAAGAAUUAUUAUGUCUUAUGAGUAAAGUAAUGGAUGAUUUAAACCUGUACAAAAGAUGUACAUUGAUAGCACGGCAGUCAAUUAUUUAUUUAAAUGUGAUUGAAGUUUCACGUAAUCCACCUACUCCAUUGGAUUUUGAUGUUCCGUUACCAGUAUCUGAAAUAGAUCUUUUAGAUGAACAGUGGGAUUUAACUACUAGACAAGUAGCUCCUUUUAUUGAUGGAGUAAAUCAUGUAUGCAAAAUUUCCGAACUUUCUAAAUUGGACAUUGAAGUGGUUGCUGCAUGUAUUCAGAAUUUAGUUUAUUGUAAUGCUGUUUCAUUAGUAGACCUAUUUCGUUAUAGUAACAUGUAUGUGUGUACUACUAAAAUUGGACAACUUGCAAGGAAUAAAAGUCGAUAUGAUGAAGCAAUUAGUGCUAUCUCACGACCUAGUGGUCCAAAAGCCACAUUCAAGGACAUAUUUACUGUGUUCUCUGCAAUGAGACAAGGAUCACGGUUUAUUGAUGUCUGUUUAAGGUUUAAUCCAGUCUCAAUAAAUAUCGAUGAAAGAAAUUUAGUACUCUAUGGUCUUGCCAACGGCUACAUUCGCCAGUUGAGAAAGUAUCCCGUGGUAUUAAAAGAAAAAGAUGUUGAAAAAACAUAUAUGGGGAACUAUUAUAAUGGCCUAAACUCACUCAAUAUAAUUAGCUGUUUUACAAACUCAGAUGUAUAUCAUUUGGAUGAAGAAAUUGAAAGGGAUAUAAGAAUAGUAUCAGUAUGGAAAUAA